UCCACGCCGCCCGCCCGCCCGCCCUGCGAUCGCGAUGCCCGGGCCGCCGCGCCCCCGGACGCAGGUCCCGCCGCUGCCGCUGAUGCUGCUAGUGCUGGCGGCCUGCGGGGGCCGCACCGCGCCCGCGCCCCGCGCCGAGGACCUCAGCUUGGGGGUGGAGUGGCUGAGCAGGUUCGGAUACCUGCCCCCCUCGGACCCCGCCACCGGGGAGCUGCAGACACAAGAGGAGCUGACCAAGGCCGUGGCCGCCAUGCAGCGCUUCGCGGGCCUGGAGGCCACCGGGGUCCUGGACGCGGCCACCCUGGCCCGGAUGAAAACCCCGCGCUGCUCCCUGCCCGACCUCCCGGCCGCGGCUCGGAGGAGGCGCCAGGCCCCGGCCCCGACCAAGUGGAGCAAGAGGAACCUUUCGUGGAGGGUCCGCAGGUUCCCGCGGGACUCGCCCCUGGGCCGCGACACGGUGCGGGCGCUCAUGCACUACGCCCUCAAGGUCUGGGGCGACAUCACGCCCCUGAACUUCCACGAGGUGGCGGGCAGCGCGGCCGACAUCCAGAUCGACUUCUCCACGGCCGACCACAACGACCGCUACCCCUUCGACGGCCCCGGCGGCACCGUGGCCCACGCCUUCCUCCCCGGCGACCACCACGCCGCGGGGGACACCCACUUCGACGACGACGAGGCCUGGACCUUCCGGUCCUCAGAUGCCCACGGCAUGGACCUGUUCGCGGUGGCCGUGCACGAGUUCGGCCACGCCAUCGGGCUGAGCCACGUGGCGGCCACGCAGUCCAUCAUGCAGCCCUACUACCAGGGCCCGGUGGGCGACCCGCUGCACUACGGGCUCCCCUACGCGGACCGGGUGCGCGCCUGGCAGCUGUACGGCGUGCGGGAGUCCGUGUCCCCCACGGCACAGCCGGACACCCCGGAGCCCGAGGACCCCCGCCUGCUGCCGGAGCCCCCUGACCAUCGGCCCAGCACCCCGCCCGGCAAGGACGUGCCUCACAGGUGCGGCGCCCACUUCGACGCGGUGGCGCAGAUCCGCGGCGAGGCCUUCUUCUUCAAAGGCAAGUACUUCUGGCGGCUGAACCGGGACCGGCACCUGGUGUCGCUGCAGCCGGCGCAGAUGCACCGCUUCUGGCAGGGCCUGCCGCCCCACCUGGACGGCGUGGACGCCGUGUACGAGCGCGCCACCGACCACAAGAUCGUCUUCUUCAGAGGAGACAGAUACUGGGUGUUCAAGGACACGCACGUGGAGGAAGGAUUUCCCCGGCCCGUCUCCGACUUCGGCCUCCCGCCGGGCGGCGUCGACGCCGCCUUCUCCUGGGCGCACAGUGACAAGACUUAUUUCUUUAAGGACCAGCUGUACUGGCGCUACGAUGAGCUCACGCGGCGCAUGGACCCCGGCCACCCGGCCCGCAGCCCCCCGUGGAGGGGCGUCCCCAGCACGCUGGACGACGCCAUGCGCUGGUCCGAUGGGGCCGCCUACUUCUUCCGCGGCAGGGAGUACUGGAAGGUGCCGGACAGCGAGCUGGCCGUGGCGCCCGGCUACCCGCAGUCCACGGCCCGGGACUGGCUGGUCUGCAGAGACCCGCAGGGCGAGGGCGAGGGCGCGGAGGGAGAGGGGGCGACCCACGCCCCGCCCGGCCAGCACGACCGCAGCCACGCGGAGGACGGCUACCAGGUGUGCGCCUGCAGCUCCCUGGCCGCCCGCCCGCCCGGGCCCGCGGGCUCGCUGCUGGCCACCGCGCUGCUGCCGCCCCUGGGCCUCCUGCGGCGAGGCGCCCGGGCCCUGGCGCUCUGAGAGCCGCCGGCCGAGGACAGACGGUCACGGCCCCCCGCCCAGGGCCACGGGGCGGGGAUGGGGCCUCAGCCUCCAGCACCCGGAGCGGGAGGCCCCCGGACCCGCCCUCAGCCCGAGCAGAGCCCCAGGUCAGCCUCCCAGACGAGGGACGGCCCCCUGGCCGCCGGCACCGACUCGUGGACACAGGAGCGCCGGCCCCACGGCCUGCUGGGAGGAGUCUGUCCAGGAGACGCCGUCCCGGCCGGCCGCCGGGUGGGG